CUUUUCGUUGUGUUGGGAGUUGUACAUUGACCUCUGCCUCGCUCUGGACGCUCACUACAAGAGUCGCGGCCGUCUUCCCACAAUGCAGGGUCUUGCUCGAUACUCUGAUAAUUCGCCCUCCCCUCCCGCUGCCGGUCCAUCGAGACCACGGAAUGACUCCUCGUUAGGACAAUCGCAACGGCCGCGCCAUUCGAGCCCCUCCAGCAGUCAUCAUGAGGGUGUACGGAACGCCAAGCGAAGAAGGUCGAAAUCUCCUGAGAACCUGACACACACCUCUCAAGCCCAUCUGGCUCAUUCGGCUUUGGCGGCUUCUGACGUCGCCGUCUACGAACGCAAUAUGGAAGCUCGUCUUGAAGCGGAAGCUGAGAUGACCGAGGAAGAGAUGUUCCGAAGGGUGACCAGGCCACCUGACAUUGAUGGUCUUGAGGAUUGGGGUAUACCGCCAGAAGUGGAUCCAGGCGAAUGUAGCACUCAGCUCAGGGAUAAAGUCGCACAAUUCUUAGAUCUCAAGUACUCUCGCGGACAGCAUAUCAACACUUCACUAUUGUCCUCAACCACAUUCGCGAAUCCGCAUAUCUACGCCAAGUUGGUGGAAUUCGUCGACUUGUCAGAGCGAGCCACUGCAUUCCCAUCGGGCGGCUGGCUCACCAGGCAAGGACUAGAAUAUCUGAGACCCAAAUAUGGCCCAAAAGCAUUGGGCGAUGAGCAAAAGCGGAAGCAAGAAGAAGUGCGCAAGGCGCAAGAGGUGGGCAAACGAAACAGCAUCUCCUUUGCACCUGGUCGGCACGCAGACGAUAGAGACGUUAGGGGCGUCGAUCGAUCAAAGGACAAUAGAGAUGCCCGGCGAGAUAGCGAUAGAGUCAGACACGGACAUCGCAACGAUAGAGAUCGACGAGAUUCACAUCGCGAUCGAUCAGGCCGGUAUCACAAAGACGGCGGGUGGGAGGAAAGAGACAUGAAGCGCGAUAAGCGCGAGUGGGAUAGGAGGAGAUAAGAGUGGUAAUGCCAGAACAUCUGAUGCA